GUCCCAUCUUCCUUGGAAUCUAAGUAUACCUAUAUUUCUGUCUACUAGAACAGCCUGGAGAUCUAAGAUCAAACCCUCAAAAGAAAUAUCAAAAUGAAGUUACUGGACUGGCUGCACCAUAAAUUUCGUCAUAAUAGCAUCGAGCCUUUCAAGGAUUUUACAAUUGGAAACCCUUGCAUUUGCCUUACUGCACAGCCAUCAAUUGAUGACCAAGACUUCUACACGAAGCCAAGCUUUGGCUCCACAUACAAAUCCAGAUCCUUAAAGCAACCCAAACAGGAAUCUGGAAAAUCUUUUUCUGACUCUGAUGCCAAGAAAGAGGAAGAAAACUUAGAAGAAGAAACAUCUACUGUAAUCUCUGAGCUCUUCAAUGGCUUUCUCACCAUUGGAACCCUUGGUCUGGAACCAAUCAUGAGUGAGCCAGCUACACCAACAUUUGCCAUGCCUCUGGAGAGCUUAAAUGAGAGCAAAACAGAGGUAACAGAGAAUGACUUGAAGCUCAUCAACUAUGAGCUGGAGAAGUUCCUUGAGGCUGAAACUAAAGAAUGGUGCGAUGAAUCAUCCGGACGGAACAGUAUUGCUAGCACCAUUACACUCAGUGGCAAGCCAAUGGAUGUGGCUGAAAAUGAAGAUUAUGAGAAAAUUUUGGUAUGUCCACUGCAAGGAUAUCUAUUUGGCUCUUCAAUUGAACUGCCAGAAACAAGAAAAGAAGUAAAGAAAGAGAAGGCAUCACUUGCAGAGCUGUUUCAUAGGACAAAAAUAUCAAAUGAAGAAAACACAGAGAAAAGUGAGAAAGGGGAGAUGCAAGACAAGAAAACGCAUAAAUCUGCUAUGCAUCUCAUGAAGAAGAUGCUAAAGAAGCUCCAUGCUUCCUCAAGGAGCUCCAUCCCUUCUGCUGCUGGUGAUGCAGCUGACUCAGUUUCAACCAAGAAGAUACUCCACAAGGUCAUACGUGUGUUCCACAGAAAAAUCCAUCCUGAAAGCUCUAUAGCUGAAAGAGAAUUUGUUAAUUCCCAUAAAUAUAAGGUCAAAAAAGCUCCCAGUGGUAGCUAUAAUAAUGGAGAUCAGAUGCACUUGGGUGAAGACAAUGAUGCCUUUACUCUAGAGCCCAUGUCAAAGAUAAGCCACCGUUACAAGACCAAAUUGAACCCACCCCAAGAUGGGCUGCAUGACAGUAAUCUAAGUGCAAAAGAACAUUGGAUCAUGACAGAUGCAGACUGUAAGUAUCAGUUUUUUUUUUUGGUUUGGUAAAUUACACAUGCACCAAGUGGGUUUUGAAUCCGCAAUCUCACCCUCCACCUACAAGUAUAAAUUAAAUGCUAUACAAAAUAUCUAGUAUAAAUCCCACCAUAUCAUAAAAUUCAGGAAUUAUAACUUCAAAAUGUGAUUACCUUCUUUGUUUGUUUGUUUGUUUGUUUUUUUUUUUUUUUUUUUUUUGGAGAAAAAAAAUGUGUUAUCCUCGGUAUCAGUUUCUGAGAAUGUGCAUAUAUAUAUAUAUAUAUAUAUAUAAAGGUAAAUAGAGUGAUGGAGAUGUCAAUAUCAUUCUAGACAGGAAAUUUGCAAGGUGUAAAAUAAUUACGGUGAUCUUGCCACGAAUAUUUUGAAAAUGCACAAAGUCUUAUUUUUGGGGAUAAGUAAGUGAAAAUGCACAAAGAAAAUGAUCAAUUAAUAGUUAUAUUAUUGAAAACAAAAGGCAUACAGUUCCAUUCUAAUAACAUUAAUUUGUUGAUUUUGACAUCCAUUAUUUGUUGAAACUAAUGAUGUGUCCGGAUAUCUUGUUAUGCUAAUAAUUGUUGAAUUAACUGUAAUGUAUAAACUAUUGGGCAUUAUAUUUGUCAUGUAAUAUAAAUCCCACAUUAACAAAUAAAUAUAACCUCAACAUGUAUUACUUUCAUCAUCAGUUUCUAAGUGAGGAGACACUUCAAUCCUAUGCUUAUGUAUAUAACAAAACAAUGAAUUGGAAUUUCACAAAGUUAUAAAUAAAGUGAUGGAUAUGUCAAUAAUUAAUUAGUGUUAUCUUACCAUGAAUCUCACAAAUUUUUUUUUUCGUGGGAGGGGGGGGGGGGGGGGGGAGGGAGAUAA